AUGACAGGGUCUGACGAGGGGGCCGCGCGCAGCGACCUCCUUGCUCCGUCAGAGGGGAAGCUCGAGAGCCCAAAAUACGAACCUAACGAUGCAGUGGGGGAGGAAGCUAGUGAGCACUGUAGCGAUACAGUGCAGCGAACAGCCUGCUCUGAACCAGACCACCGAGAUUGUGCCUCUCCAGAAGUUCUUCAGCCGCCGGAGCCUGUCACUGCAUCCACGUCUCCGAAGACAGGUUUAACAGAUUGGGCUUCGAGCACGCCUUCUUCACCUGUAACGGCAUCCACGGAAUCUAUGGGUGAAGCUCGUUCUCCCAAAGGAGAAAAUGGCCUUUCAACAAUAUCUUCUGAAGGCAUAGCUAUUGCUGCUGGCCUGCCCUCCACAACAAGCGUUGAAAGCAAGCUAUCUGAUCCACCUGCUUUAAGUGUGGACAAGGCAUUAUCCACAGAAAUUGUGGAGUCAGACAUGCCGCCGCCUUCUUUCCUACCUCGGCAGUUGCGAAUGAAGAGAAAUAUGAACAGACCCCCGCGUACCCAAGCUGCACAAAUGUCAAGUUUAACGGUGGCCGCAGCUGCUCAGGCACCUACAGAAGCACAUGAGGGUCAAAAGAGGUCCGCAACGCCAGUAGAUCGCGGGAGUGUCGAAGAUGAGUUCGCCAUUUUCAUGAAGGAAAUCCAGCAGCUUGACAGCCAGAAGGAAGCGACUGACGGCCAGAAGGAAGCGGAACACCAGGAGGCAAGCCCAAGGCAGGGGGAGGCCAGCUGUACUGAGUGCGCAGCACCAGUGAAACAGCACGAUAGUCAAGCUAUGGCAGUGACAAGCUCGCAGGUUAGUGAAAGGUCACAAAGGACUCCAGAGUGUGAAGCUUCAGCCGAAAGUAAAGGAGAUCAAGGCCAACAGCAACAGGCAGUCUGGCAGGGAGUUCUGGACCCUGCCUCUGGUGAGACCUACUACUGGAACACAAAUACUGAUGAGGUGACGUGGGAGCUUCCAAGUGCCACUGUGCGUUCCGCUGCCUCUAAAAAGGAGAGAAAUGGGCAGCCGCAGGAAGAGCAUGACCUGAGGCAGUGGGCUGCUACUACCUUUAAACUGACCCAAGAGCUGUCGACAUGCUCGGAGAAGGUGCAGCAGCUUAUGCUUCAGUUAGCUUUUAUCGAGUCGGAGUUGGAAGCACAGCGUGAACCGGCCAAUACGGCUCACUCUGCAGUUCCCUCCGGAAAGGUUGACGUCAGCCUGCGCCUGCAGCGAUUUCUCUCUGCCAAGCGCCAGCAUGAAGCUGAACGUCACAAACACUCACAAGAAGAACGAGGUGGCAGUUCAGAUGAUGAGCUUUUGAAGGAGGUCAUAGACCUCCAGCUGCAACAAGGCCGGCAGACUGACACUUCACAAUGCGAAACGUGCAGGGAGCGGCUACUGGAGUCCAGAGGGACGCAGUCUCAACAAGCCAAGGUCCGCUUACUGGCGUCUUCUCUUGCACGGCGUCUUGGAAACGUGGAAAAAGAAUGGGCCUCAUCGUUGUUAGCUGCCUUGAAGGCUCGGUUGGAUGACUGGAUUGAUGGAGGGCUGAGUAGCAGCUUUUUCUUAAAAAGGCUUGAGCGGAUGCAGCACGAUCUUCAGAAACACCUUUCUCAAGACAUGAAAGCACAAGGGCAUCACCACGAGCUGGCAUCAGUUUUCCCGUAUUCCGCUGCCGCUGCAGCUGUAUCAGCAACUUCAGCAACAAAAUCGUCCCCUCGAAAUUGUCUAGCUGCUGCCGCUGCGGCAUCUUGGUCGGAUAAAGCCAGCGGGAGUAAAGCCGGCAGCGGACGGCCCAUGAGUGCUCUUAGGAUUGGUGCUGCUGCGCCAAGAGGCAGCAGCAAACAUAGUGACGAUUCGCCAGCAGUCAGCACUGCCCCUCCUACCCCUGCAGGGCCACCCCCGACGCUUCCAGAUGGAGUGCCUCCAGCAAAAUCAGAACCUGCACAAGCGGAGGUGGCACCAGCAGCAGAUGAUUCAAGACGUCGAGAGGUAGAGGUGGCAGCUCCUGCGGCCACACGAGAUGGAGCGCCGGCGCCUGGUGUGAGUGGAGGGAUUGCAAAGAGACCGCACAACACCUCUGCAUGCAAGAAGAUCAGUUCAUCUAACCCCCUUGUACGGAAACGUAUGCAGCUUGUCGAGAAGUGGCAGAAGAGCAGGGAGAAAGAAGAAGAAUCCGAAGAAGAGGACUACGAGCAACGAAGAGAGAGAUUAAAGCAAAAGAAGCUUGACGAGUGGAAGGAAAGAGAAAUGGCCAGCCGAUUGGCGGAGCCUGGUACAAAAGAAGUGAUGAGUGCUGUGCUGAAAACCACGACAACAGAGAAGGCCCCUAGCAUCCGGGCAUGCGCCUUUAAGCUGCAUUGCUCAAGACAAGGAGUAACCUUGUGGCGCUGUAUCGUUUGCAUUGCUGACUAA